AAAAAAUGUUACAACAUGCAAAAUCACCAUUACUAUUUGAAAUAUUUUAUGAAUGCCAAACAACAAGAGCUAGAACUGGAAAGAUAACUCUUAUUCAUCAUCAUGUGGAUACACCAGUGUUUAUGCCAGUGGGUACACAAGGUACUUUGAAGGGUUUAUUACCUCAACAAUUAGAACAAUUAAAUUGUCAAAUUAUACUUGCGAAUACAUAUCAUCUUGGAACAAGACCUGGUUUUAAUAUUAUGCAAAAAGCUGGUGGUCUACACAAAUUUAUGAAUUGGAAAAGAGCAUUAUUAACUGAUUCUGGUGGUUUCCAAAUGGUAUCAUUAUUAGAACUUGCUAAAAUUACAGAAGAUGGUGUCAAAUUUAAGUCACCAUAUAAUGAUUCAGAUUGUAUGUUGACACCCGAAUAUUCUAUACAAAUACAAAAUACAAUAGGAGCAGAUAUAAUUAUGCAACUUGAUGAUGUGGUUAGAACUACAUUAACAGGACCAAGAGUAGAAGUAGCAAUGAAUAGAACAAUUCGAUGGUUAGAUAGAUGUUUGAAAGCACAUCAGAGGUCAGAUGAACAAAGUAUAUUUCCAAUUGUACAAGGAGGUCUUGAUCCUAAACUUAGAUCAGAAUGUGCAAAUCAAUUAACUAAACGUGAAGUAAAUGGUUAUGCUGUAGGUGGAUUAAGUGGUGGGGAAUCUAAAGAUGAAUUUUGGAGAAUGGUAUAUCUUACGACAAGUAUACUUCCAAAAAAUAAGCCACGUUAUUUAAUGGGUGUUGGAUUUGCUACUGAUUUAGUCAUUUGUUCUGCUUUGGGAAUAGAUAUGUUUGACUGUGUAUUUCCUACAAGAACGGCGAGAUUUGGUUGUGCAUUGAUACGUACUGGCCAAUUAAAUUUAAAACAAGUUCAAUAUUGUAAAGAUAUGAGACCAAUAGAUGAAUUAUGUGAAUGUAGUACUUGUAAAACAUACACACGCGCUUAUCUUCAUCAUAUUGUAACAGUUGAAACAGUUGCAUGUCAUUUGUUAUCUAUUCAUAAUAUUUCAUUCCAAAUGAAACUAAUGAAAGAUAUUAGACAAAGUAUUAAAGAGCAGAGAUUUCCAGAAUUCAUACAAGAGUAUAUGUUAGAUUUAUAUCCACACAAGGAAUAUCCUCAAUGGAUAGUUAAUGCCUUGGAAGUUGUGCAUAUUAAACUAUUAUAA